AUGGCCUCACCCAAGCAAGUCUUCAUCGCCAUAAUUGGUGCUGGUGGGGUUGGAAAGAGCUUCCUCUCACAGCUCGAGACGCUGGCCUCCCGACGGCCCUCCCCGAAGCUGAACCUGGUCUACAUCUCGACCAGCAAGAAGGCAUUGUACGAUGCCAGCUACUCCCCGAUUCCCAUCGCUGGUGCCAUUGAGAGGCUCUCCAUCGCCUCUGAAGUCCCACCCGCUCUGCCCCAGUUAGCCGACUAUCUUGCCGCUGCCCCCGCCAAGGUCGUCCUUGUGGACAACACAAGCUCUCAGGACGUCGCCGAGGCUUACCCAGUCUUCCUCGGCCGUGGCAUCAGUAUCGUUACCCCCAACAAGAAGGCAUUCUCUGGCUCUUAUAAGCUUUGGCAAGAUAUAUUUACUGCCGCCGAGUCCUCUGGCGCCAAGGUCUACCACGAGUCCUCCGUCGGCGCGGGACUGCCCGUCAUCUCGACCCUUAAGGACCUCGUCGACACGGGUGACCGCGUCACAAAGAUCGAGGGUGUCUUCAGCGGCACCAUGUCCUUUCUCUUCAACUCGUUUGCUCCGACAUCGGGCUCGGGCGGCAAGUGGUCUGCCGAAGUGGCCAAGGCCAAAGAGCUAGGCUACACGGAGCCCGACCCAAGAGACGACCUGAACGGCCUCGAUGUUGCCCGCAAGCUAACCAUUCUUGCGAGACUGGCAGGUUUGCCUGUCGAGUCGCCCACAGCCUUCCCCGUCCAGAGCUUGAUUCCAAAGGAGCUUGAAUCCUGCACGAGCGGAGACGAGUUUCUGCAGAAGCUACCCGAGUUUGAUAAUCAGAUGGAGGAGACCAAGGCGACCGCUGAGAGGCAGGGUAUGGUGGUCCGCUUCGUUGGUAGCAUCGAUGUCGCCAGCAGGCAGGUCAAGGUCGGCCUUGAGCAGUUCGACGCAUCUCAUCCCAUCGCCGCCCUCAAGGGCAGCGAUAACAUCAUUAGCUUCUACACGGAGCGAUACGGGAGCAACCCCCUCAUCAUCCAGGGCGCCGGCGCUGGUGGCGAGGUGACGGCCAUGGGUGUCACAGGCGACUUGAUCAAAGUGUUGGGUCAGAUUGCAUGA